AUGCCUGUCAACAGCACUGCCGUGUCCUUGACCAGCGUUACCUACAUCACUGUGGAGAUUCUCAUCGGGCUCUGCGCCAUAGUGGGCAACGUGCUGGUCAUCUGGGUGGUCAAGCUGAACCCCAGCCUGCAGACCACCACCUUCUAUUUCAUUGUCUCCCUAGCCCUGGCUGACAUUGCUGUCGGGGUGCUGGUUAUGCCUCUGGCCAUUGUCAUCAGCCUGGGUGUCACAAUCCACUUUUAUAGCUGCCUUUUCAUGACCUGCUUGAUGCUGAUCUUCACCCACGCAUCCAUCAUGUCCUUGCUAGCCAUUGCUGUGGACCGAUACCUGCGGGUCAAGCUCACAGUCAGAUCCAGGAUUCGUAAGGCCCCUGGGUCCAUCUGGCCAUCCCAGUUGAAGAUUCACUUCUUUCCAGUCAUGAGGCUCUUCAUUCUACUCUCUUUGACUGUCUUUUCAGAUGCCAUGGUCAUGGACGAGAAGGUCAAGGAAAGCUUUGUGCUGGACACAGCUUCCGCCAUCUGCAACUACGACACCCACUAUAAGGACCACCCCAAGUACUGGUGCCGAGGCUAUUUCCGGGACUACUGCGACAUCAUCGCCUUCACACCCAACAGCACCAACCGCGUGGCCCUGAGGGACACAGGAAACCAACUCAUUGUCACUGUGUCCUGCCUGACCAAGGAGGACACGGGCUGGUACUGGUGUGGCAUCCAGCGUGACUUUGCCAGAGAUGACAUGGACUUUACAGAGCUGGUUGUGGCCGAUGACAGAGGAGCCGUUGCCGACAGUUUCUGGUCCGGGCAAGACCUAUCGGGCAACAAGAACAGAAGCUGCAGGGCUUCCAAGGUUGUCCACAAGGCAGAUCACUCCAGGAUGUUCAUUCUCAUCAUUUGCAUACUGAUCACGGGCUUAGCGCUCGUCUCCAUAUUCAGUCGUUUGUCCCGUAGGAGGAGAAACCAAAGGAACAGAACGGGUAAAGGCCUAACGAGAAACCAGAAAACCAGCCAAGCUUCUGCGAGCCCCACUCCGCUGCAGACAACUCUUUGACGUCCCUUCCGCAUGUCCUGACUCCAAAGGCUCACACUGAAC